AUGAGAGCGUCCAAGAUCCUCCAGAAGGCGUCGGCCGCCUCGCACGUCGUCCCCGUCAACCAGAAAUACACUGUACAAUCCUACGGCAUAUGGGAGAGAAUCCGACGGGCCCUGGCCGUCGACCCUACUCGUUCGUCCGGUGUCCCAUUGAACGCCCAAUUCCGCAACCCGGCCCCAGGAGCCCUUGAACCACAGACAUACGACGACCCCGUCACUAUCCCGGCAGCCGACCUCGCUGACAACCCAUACUGGAAGCGAGAUGUGCGAAGAGCCUACCCACAGGCCAGCGUGGUGAAGCAGGCGGAUGUCGUCGGACUCUUGACAUACGGCAGCAAGGCCGAGCCCAAGGACAGUCUUCUUGCAGGUGAGGCGGGCUCGAAGCAGCUGGUGCAGACGCAGCAGACGGCUGAGGAGCGUGGACUGGCUGCGCAUUUCGAGGAGAAGGCCAGCUCGGGAGCUGAGGUCCUUGGACCAAGUGGGAUGCCACCUCUACCUGCUCACUUGAACGCUGGAAACACAUAUAGCCUCCCUUCGGAGCAGGCCUAUCCUUCAAAGUAA